CGGCGGGUCCUCCUCAAGGUGGUACGCGGCGGGGAGCGCCCCCGGGGCGGACAGAGGUCACCCCGCCCUUCGCUGUGCGCGGGUGUCCUGCAAACCCUGUCUGUGGAGCGGUUUUCCAGCCUCCGCUCUGCCACCUUCACCCUUUGCUCUGCCCUUCCUUGGACGCCGGCCGGGAGGGGCCUGGGAGCCCCCACGCUCGGACUUGCUUUGGAAACGCGCGGCGCCCUACUUCUCCCCGGGGACCGCGGGUCGCUCCCUACCGCCGCAUUCGGGAGGUCCAGCCAGACCUCUCUCGAGAGGGCCGUUCUCAUCUGUCAGACUCUGAAGAAAGGGGCAGCCCACACCUGUUUAGGAGAGACGCCUCACUGUCUCUAUAGAAGCUGAAAUCCAUCAAUCUCCGUUCUUCAAAAUGCAAUGGAAUGUACCAAAGACUGUAUUCCGACUGGCACAUAGGACAUGCAUGGAACCAGAUAAAGCUGGUCAUUUGGGACACUGUCAAAACAUGAAGGGACCAUUACUUUUGUAUACCUCGGAAUCCAGAGUGGUUUGGGUACAGGGCCCUCAGAAACGAUGGCUGCACUUACGUGCUGCCCAGUGUUUUGCAAAGGAAAGGAAGCCAUUCAUUGCUCACCCACCCCAACCAGGGGUCCUUCAUAAACAGUGGGAGCAGGAUAUCUUAUCCAAGAGGGUUCUGUCAUCCAGUGCUGCAUCCCCAGGAACUCCCUCUGAAAAAAAGGAAGAACCUGAUCCUUUACAAGACAGAUCAAUUAGUCUUUAUCAACGAUUUAAGAAAACAUUUAGACAAUAUGGAAAAGUUUUGAUUCCAGUGCAUCUAAUAACUUCUGGUGUUUGGUUUGGAACGUUUUAUUAUGCAGCCAUAAAAGGAGUGAAUGUCGUUCCUUUUCUAGAACUUAUUGGGUUACCUGACAGCGUAGUAAACAUUCUGAAAAAUUCCCAGAGUGGAAAUGCACUAACAGCAUAUGCCCUGUUUAAGAUUGCAACGCCCGCGCGGUACACUGUGACCCUGGGGGGGACCUCCUUCACUGUUAAGUAUCUGCGCAGCCGUGGCUACAUGUCGACGCCACCUCCUGUGAAGGAGUAUCUGCAGGACAGGAUGGAGGAGACAAAGGAGCUCCUCACAGAGAAGAUGGAGGAGACAAAGGACAGACUCACUGAAAAACUGCAAGAAACCAAAGGAAAGGUUUCUUUUAAGAAAAAAGUGGAAUAGGGUGCCUUAUAUACCAGGUUAUAGACAGUUCCUGCACUUUAACCCUUGGGGACUGUGGACAAAGGUACAUGCUCUUGAUUAUUUUUUUGGUUAGCAGCCUAAAUAUAGCAGUUCUCUGAGGGUUAAAGAACUAAGAUAACUUUUUAAAGUUAAACAUCACUAGAAAAAUCAGUGUUUUUUGAAAAGAAAAAAUGAACCCAGUAUAAGGAUUUCAUGUCAGUAGCAGCGUUAAGCAGUGGUCCAUGUCUUCAGUCAUCCUUGCUUUGUGUUUAGAUAGCUGCUGACUCCUUGAAUAGCUGGUGCAGCCCUACACAGAUUUAACACUAGGUCUUCAUCUUUGUUAUUCUUUGAGGUUUUAACGAUAUUCACUUCUCAAUGUGGAGACAAACUGUUAUCAUCAGAACUGCCUGUGAAUAAGAGGAUAUUUAGUUUUUCCCUAAAGAUAACGGUUACAUACCAGUUAAAAUGUAGACUUCAUAUAAAGAAAGCUGAAUGAAAAUUGGGUCAUAUAUAUGUAAAUAAGAUGUAUUGGUUAUAUGUAAAUGAAAAAUUGACCCUUUAAAAAUGAUUUUUACCUGAAGCUUGCCAUAAUCAAAUUUUUUAAGCAAAUCUGUGCGGUCAUGGCAUUUUCUCACCCGGAAUGUAAAACUGUUAUUCCUGCAUCAUGUCCUCUCCAACUGAUCUCUCAGAGGAAAAGGGAAAAUCAUUACACCUUAAGUUUAUGGUGGAGAUCAGACACCCUUAGCAGUACCUGGAGCUUGUGGUUCUCAGCAGUGCAGGUUUGGGAGGAUGGGACCUGCCUGUCCCUGCCACCUGGUCUCUACCAGCCAGAGUCGAUCUUGAUUCCAUUAUGGAGUAAAAUUUUAAGAUUGUAGCUGCUGUUUUCCUCUUGCAUUGAAACAUCCUUACUUGAGCAUUUUACUUGAAUUUUUUAAAUAGCAAAGCUGUCAUUAAAACCUGCUUGGAAUGAAAUUCAGUCGUUGUCAGAUGUGAAAGUUGCCACAAUUUGUGUGGGUGUGUUUGAGGAUGUGUUUGUGUGUUUCCUUUUGCUCUAACUGCCUUUACUUCAGUUCUAACCUUUGAAUUGAAAGAGGGAACGGCCUCUUUCUAGAUUGUCUUUGUUGUGAGUGAUCUGAUAAGGCCACAGGCAUCACUGCUGUGAGGCAGGGUUUUCGUAUUAAAUACUGAGUUUGGCCAAAUUUAGAGAAUACUUUAAAGGGAAAAAAAUGUUUGCAUUUUGAUACGUCUCAUCAUUAUAUUGUCUGUGCUGUGGUUGGACUCUUCUUUGUGGGGGUGGGUGGAGUGGUGAGGGGGCAGGGCUCACUCUGCCACAUGCAGGCCCGAUCAGGCAGGAUGGUUUGUCUCUUGAUACAGAUCGAACGUGUGAUUUCAAAUUGACAGCACAUUUUCAAAUCCAAAAACAGUGAACAUGUUUUAGCUUGUUUAUUAAAUAAUUCACAUUUUUGCAUAUAUUAAAUGCUAAGAUGGAUAUUAACAAAUUUCUUGUUUGUUUAUUUUUAACCACUGAGACUGCUUGGUUUAAAAUCAUGUGUUAUAUGAAACUUUCUUUUUACUUUUCACGUUGGAUAGGGCAUGUUUUCCAAUGAGGGUAAAUUGUGGGUCUUAGAAACACUAAUAACCCUGAGUUUCCACCUUUGGUUCAGCCCGUUUGAGAUUUGUUGCCAUCCAGUUUCAUAACUGUGUUGUGUUUGUCCAGUUACAGAAAGUGAGAUACUAGGGAGUGCUUUGAAAUUCUCUAGUAAAACAUUCUCUGAAGGUGUAAGAAGUUCUUUUGUCAUUAUUUAGUAUCAGGAAUAUCUGAUCUUGUCAAAUGCUGCUGCUCUCAUCUUGCUAACCUAGUCCUUAAGGGAAGCUACAAAGAGCCGAAAGGGGGACCCCUGGAAUAUGCGUGUGGAGUAUUUGUAGCAGGCCAACAGUACAUAGUGGGCAUUGAGUUAAAUUAUCCGGGUGUGUGUGUGGUAAAUAUCAUAACCAUUUCAUUUACAAUAAGCCUUAUACUUGCUGUGUCUGGUGUGCACAUCUGUAUUUAAGUAGGAUUGUUGACAGGGUAAAGAGGGAGCCAUGGCUGAGAUUUAAUUUAACACCUAUAAAAUAGAUGAAAAGUGUUUGCUCAGCAAAUUAACAGUUGAAAUGAAAAAUAGAUUAGGUAAAAAAAGACUUAGUUUAUUCAAGAAAAAUAGCAAAACCAACCUUUUAAAGUACCACAAAAAUGUCUCUCACUGAACCAGCAUUUUGCAUACAGUAGGGUGCUAUUUGCAGAUUCCAACAAAGGAGAAAGAGUUCAUGUAUUAAGGUCACCUUCCUGCCACUAGUGAAAAUAAUAAAACUAUGCCUUCAAAUAUAAUCUUCAGCUUAUUUGUUAUAGAAUCUGCCUUCCAUUUAUUUACAGAUGGAAGAUGUUACUGUAGUCCUUUAUGCUCUAGGAAGCAGUGGAGCUAUUGGCUGUCUUAUUUCAGUGACCUCAGAAGGUAAUUCCAGGAAUUUUAUAAACAUCUUAACAGUUUGGGCAGAAGAGGUGUUUGAAGAAAAGAAGCAAGUUGUAUGUUAGACAUAUCUAGCUCUUUCUUGUGUUCUUUCCACUUGGUUCAUCUUCAGGAUUUCUUAUCCAAAUUCAGAUGUUCUGAACAAAGCCACUGUAGAAGAUUGUAGAGUAUGGUGAUGGUAAUGAAAUGGACAGAAAAUGUUUUAGCAAAUGAGUCAGAAAGAGUACAAUGCAUCUUUCCUGAUACCUUUGAGAUGAUACCGUUUUUAUAAAAUGCAUUGGUGAGAUAUACAUUUCUGAAUUAUUAAAGGAUUCUGUCUGAAAAAUACUUGCUUUCAUGGUAAUAUAGACGUAUUUCUUCUGUUGGCUACAGCUUACUUUUUAAAAUGGGGACCUUCAUUUAUUUCAGAUUUUCAAAAUUGAAUCUCCAUAGGGAAAGAUAUGGAGUUAGUUUAGAAGAAAGUAAAAUACAUUUAGAUUAAGUGUUACCAACAUUGGUUUGAAGUAGUUUUUGGUAUUAGAUGCUUACUCAGUUGGCUUUUCCCAAGCCAUGGUCUACGGUGCGUCCAGUCACAUUGGCCUAGAGGCCGGAGUUGCACAGGAGUGUUCAUAAAAAGUGUGGGCCUCUCUACUGCCUUGGAAUUUAACCACCUGAACCAGAAAUCUGCAGAACCAGAGGUGGGUGCUUUUAAUUAUUCAUUCUGCAAAUAGGAGCUUUGUUUGGUCUCUCUUGGUCCAUCUGUAUAUUAUGGAGUACCCAAAAGAUUCUGCCUCCUUGACCCAAAGGAACAACAGAGGCAAGAAUUCUCCUUCCCUUAGAGACUUGGCCAGAAUUCGUCUUCAGCCGUGAAUUUUGGCCUGGCUUUCUGAUUUUUGAAAGAUAUUUGUCCUGCAUUUUGAGCUUGUAACUUACAUUUGAGAAAUGCUAAGUUUGUGCCAAUUGGGUAUAGUUUUCCAAACUCUUUGAGAUUUUUUUCCUUUGUGACUUCCAUGUCAAGCUGGUUCAUUUUAACUCAUUAAAACAAGUUUUUGGUUGUCUUGCUUCUUCAGGGUUAGGCUUUGAAAAUCAAGCUGUAUUCUUCCCCGUAAAUCGCUGGCAGCCACCAACAGUAAUGAUGACAGAUCAUAAUUAUCUUGUGGUAGUUAUCUGGCUAUUUUGAUAAGAAUGAUUCUCUCAGCAGAGAGAAUGCGGCUUGACUUCAGAAGCCUUCUGGGCAGAGUAUGACGUUAUUCCGCUGACUUGGACAGUGCUCGUGGGAAGUGCACAGGCAGCCCCAAAGUCCUCCUCAGCACUUGUGGUUUCUCUCUACAGGUAAGAGGGCUCAUAGAGCCUGAGACGAACAGAAAGCACUUUCACGUUGUGUUUUCUCUGGGACAGCAUGGUCCAUAAGAGCAGAAGUUGUAAGACAGGUCAGAGAUGUUCCACGUGUAGCCACAAUAUAUUCUCAUUCUUCCCGACUGUGAGGAAUGCAUAGAACCUUUCUUCCUUCUUUCCUUACCUCUCCCUCCCUCCCUAUGUCCAGCUUUUUCUGCUUUGAAUUUUGACCAUUUUAAAUGGUAGAAAACUCUCUUUGAAUUGAAAAAGAAAAAGGCGAGUUUGCAUGCAAGCAUGCCUGGUUGUCCUGCGGUAGCCGGUAUGUGGUUCUCCGUCCCUCUGGUGGGCAGGCGCCAUGGCCCACUCCUCAGUAAGAGUGGGACAGAUAGCUUGCAGGUGUUUCCUGACUUUCUAAUCAGGUACCUGUUGAAAGUAAGCCUUUUACUCCAUUUGGGUAAUUUCAUAAGGUUACUUUUAAGUGUACCAUAUAUGAAAUAUAUCUAAUAUAAUCUACAUGAAAUCUACCUAGUAUAAUCUAAAUAGGGUAAAACAGUGAGAUGUUUCAGCUCCUUAACACUAAUUGAGGGUUUGUUUGUUUUUAAAAAAAAAGAACAUACAGCAUUUCCUCUGUAUACACAAGUAUUAAGCUGUUAUUUUAUAUUCACCUUUAAGUACGAGAUUUGAGAUUCUGUAAUGAUUUGAAGCACAUUUUGACUAAUUUGUAUUUUAUUGAAUUUGAGUCAGUAUUUUCUUUGGACACAAUCUUGCGACUUAAGUAUGGCUGUUGCUUUACUUUUCUAAGAAUAGUGGCUGUUUGGGUUCUCUCUUUGCAAGGGUCCCAAAGGCACAGUUUGUCCAGUCCUCAAACACUGACUGCCCUGCCAUUCACCUUGGUCUGGAGGUAGUUACAGGGCUUGGUUGCCAUCGUGCUCUAUCACCAUGUACUUGUUAUUCUCCUCCUGAAGAAGAUGGAAGAUACGGUAGGUUGCAAUUGCAUUCCUCACUUCUUUUGGUUUGGAAAUAAGGGACAAGUCUUACUUUCCAAAAAAAGUUGAAAAUAUUAUUAUCAGUCAAACAUUUGUCCACAAAACCUAAUGUAACUUCUGUUGAGAAAUCUAGAUCAUUUUGUAACUGCAUUAUUCUGGAAGCAUUUUAGAUUAAUAGAAGUUUUCUCAGUCAUAAACCCAAUUUUCCCUCUAGUGGGUCACUUCAGAAUGUUGAGGCCAGUAGUUGUAGUUGAAGAAAGGUGCAGGAGAGCCGGGUCAGACAUUCAAAUCCAGGAACUAAGUAAGGUAAAGUAAGUCCCUGCUUUGGAACUUUUAAAAUUCUUUGUAUUUUUGGAGCUGAAGCCAAUUUAUGAAUAUUCCUAGUCCUCUGUCCUCUUCUGGUGACUUGCAUCAUCUUUUCCCUUUUAACUUCAUAAUUUUCUUUUUUUAAAUAAAUUUUAUUUAUUUGUUUGUUUGUUUUGGCUGCGUUGGGUCUUCGUUGCUGCACACGGGCUUUAUCUAGUUGCUGUGAGCAGGGGCUACUCUGUUGUGGUCUCGGGCUUCUCAUUGCAGUGGCUUCUCUUGCUGCGGAGCACGGGCUCUAGGUGUGCGGGCUUCACUAGUUGUGGCACGUGGGCUCAGUAGCUGUGGCUCACGGGCUCUAGAGCGUAGGCUCAAUAGUUGUGGCGCACGGGCUUAGUUGCUCCAUGGCAUCAUAAUUUUCUUUAAUUCUUUCUUUAGAGUGAUAUUUCAUUAUCCAAAGAGGAUUCAGCCUCAGAAAAUACCCCAUCCUCCCUUGGUAAGAAAGUGAGUUUGCUUUUCCUACUGCGCUUGUGUGGAGGGUCAUGGUGGUGGUCACAGCACCUGAGCCUGCAUUUGUGACACUUGGAACAGCUCAGAUUGGAAUUUUCCUUUUCCUUGGGGUCAAUCGGUGGAACAUCUGAAGCAUCAGGAGCUGGCUUUUGUGGUAACUUUUCACACUGGGAAGUUCAGUGUAUCCCUGACUAAGAACUGUUAGGCUGGCCUCUCUGGGAGUGGAGAACGUGUGUGUGUGAGGUUUACGGGAGGUUGACAGGUAAAACCAUGUGCUCGUGGAUGGUUCCAGAAGAAAGGGAGUGUGCCAGCAUUGGUGAAGAGCAUGCAUACGUGGUACAGGAUCCCGGCACCGGGAGCCUGGGGUCCAUGCGGUUUCCUUGAGGCCAUGACAGCGCUCAGAUCAGUGUUAGCUCCCCCACCCCUCACAGAAAGGAAGCCAGAGAAGGAAAAAAUGGGGGCAAGGUGGGAAAUUAUUUUUUUUAAACUAUUCUCCCUUCAGAUUUUCACAUUUUAUUGCUAAGGUUGUAAGAACACUCUCCAACACACACACAACGUGGUUUGUUAACCAAAAAAGCUGUCCACAUCUAGAGUAAGGAGAAAAGAAACAGAUGUAUUUUACUUAAAACCGUGGCGAGGAGGUUUGGGUCCUGGUGGCUCAGUCUCUGCCUUGACACAGGUGCUCCAACCCCCUCGGCACUAACUUGGCCCGUUUCCGUCACUGGCAUUUUAAGCUGCAGUGUUAGCGUAGAGAGCAUGCCAAGGCAGAGUGCUAUUUACAAGUCUGUAGGAAUUGGGCGAACCUGGAAAGUGAAAGCUGAGCAGCACAGCUCCCUCUGUGGGGGCCGCAUGUGGCAAGCACACCCUCUCCUCCAGUCUUCGCGCGGGUGACCCUAUUGUAUGAGUGACAUUUGUAGACAUUAACCUGAGACAGAGCUAAUACUUGAGGCCGCCAGGUCUAUAGGCUCCAAAGCCUGUGCAGCCCUUGAACUGUAAGCAGGAAAUCUCAAGCAGGACCUCAGGGUCCCCCACCGAAGCCGGGGUGGCGGACACAGCCUGGCUCAGGUGGGGCCAAGGGCGGGCCAAGGGGAUGGGUCCCUGGCCUGCCACGUGGAGAGGCCAAAGUCAGCACUUUGAUUUGAAAGCAUGCUUACUCUGUCUGCUAGUGUAGACUGCUAGAAUAUUUUGUGCUUCCAGAUUCUGGUGGUAGUACCACAGUAAACUCUAUAAAUGCAAAUGGCUUUGUAAACAGGUUAAGUCAUAUAGGAGCAGUAUACUAUACGCAAGUGUGUGUAAAUGUAUGUAUACUGCUUCCUGGUAAAGCCUUUUGAAAGUCUGUAUUGCAGUUAACACCAUGCUGUGUUCAAAUGACUAAGACUGUAGCUUUUGAUUUUUUUAAAGUAGGGUGAAUGAGGUUUGCAUUAUUAGGGCAAAAGCCCAAAGUCUGGACAGACACAUGCCAUCAAAACAAUGAAAUUUACAAAUGCACAGCUUUUACCUUUUGGCUGCUAUUUUAAAACAUGCAUUUUAAUUAGAAUCCAUUCAAAGCAAAACGUCAAAACAGUGUAAAGAGAGAAAUCUAUCUAUGAUGUUUUAAGUAACAGGCUCGUUAUAAACUGUUUUGUGCAAGUGUCAUCAUGGAGAGUCAGAAAUAAGUGUUUGUUCCAAGGCCACUGUGAGUGGGUCUCUGAAGGAUUCUGGAGGUUUCUUUCGAGCACACUGCUUUUCUAUAUGUCCCCGAGGGUGCAGGGAGAGGGCUGCCUGAGUUGCUAGUCCAUCUGCUUAGCUGUUGGCAGCUCUGCUGUUUCACGAACGACCCAGUGAACAGAAGUCGGUCCAAGAAAGCCAGAGACUGGCGGGGUCUGGGAUCCGGUGCAGGCCCUGAAGUGCAGUGGGGGCUCCCCAUGUACCAGGUGGGUCAGCAGGGAGCCUAUCGCCAGGGAGGGAGGUGUUGGGCUCUGUUAUGUCCUGUGCUGAGUGCAGCCUGAGCAGAAAACGGUGGGUCCAGACCUGGGCAUCUCCCUCCCUGGCUGGCGGUGCCUUGGCUUUCGAGGGCCCACAGGGGCUCCUUGGCCUCUGGCGCUUCAGCUCCAGCCCGAUGGACAGACAGCUCCUGGGUCACCAGCAGCCUCCAGGCCUAUUGUCUGUUUUUGGCCUGGGGCUUCUUCUGAAGUCUUCAGAGCCUUCUCAGUGCACAGCCAGGGCUGCGGGAAGGGGUCCCACAGGCCCCCGACCGUGGAGAUCAGUGUCCCGCCUCCUGUCCUCCAAGAGUGCAGCCUCUGGUUUCCCAGCGCCACACUGAGCCCCGCUGCCCAGAUGGACACCAGUGGGCCCACCCUGACCAUCUCCUGCCUCCUCCAGAGCAGCUCCAAGUAACCUCCCUGCACCCAGACUCUAGACCCAGCCAACCAGGCGACCUCAUAUAGAAAUGGGUUUACUGAACCCAGUCCAGUAGGAAUCAAGCCUGGAAUCUCCUCUCCUUCUGUGACGAAAGUUUAUACCCGUCUUACCUUCACUGAGGGAUAUAAGUUUGGGGAAUAUUCUUUAAAAUUUCUCCAAUAUCUGCUGAAUAAGAGAUUAUAGAAUUUAUUCAAGAGCAUAAUGUGGUUUAUCAGUGACUAUUUGCUGUUUUAAGAGAAAGAAAUCCUUUUCUUACAGCUAUUUUCCUCCUUAUAGCUUUCUAAUCCCCUUUCCAAAAUAGUCUUAAAAAAUUAAUUCAGAAUCUAAAAUGGGUUUUAUGGGAGCUCCUUGGCGGUCCAGUGGUUAGGACUUGGCGCUUUCACUGUCGUGGCCCAGGUUCAAUCCCUGGUCAGGGAAUUAAGAUCCCACAAGCUGCGUGGUAUGGCCAAAAAAAAAAAAAAAGUUUUAUAACUAGAGUUUGGGGCCCAUACAGUUAUUUAAAUGGUAUUUUAAGAUUUCAGUUUCCAAAGUUCAUUUGUUUCCACAGUUCAUUACUAACAUAUAGAAAUGCAAAAAUAUUUUAAUUGUAUUUCCUGCAACCAAGCUAAACUCACUUAUUCUAGUAGUUUGGUAGGUUGUAUGAAGUUUUAUACAUUCACAAUUAUGUAAUCUGUGAAUCCAUAUACUUACUUAGAGCUUAGAGAUAUCAUUCUAAUCUCUCAGUUGAAGGAAACUUAGAUUCCUUUUGCUCCAUCAUCAUGAACUGAAAACCUCUGAUGCCAAUGACCUUAUUAGCCUCUGAGGGUGUCUGCUGAACAAUUCUCUUUAGAAGUCUCGCUCACGUUUUGGGCCGAGUUGACUCAGUUUGUGACAGCUUCCAGAAGCCUGAAGGUGACACCUCAUCUCAGGUGACUAUCCCUGAGUGUUCUGUGUAGAACCCAAAACUGUAUGAUGUGAUCUGCCAGGGUUAUUUAUAGCAAAUACAAUGAUUUCUGAAAAGUCAGAGUGAAUAAGAACUGAAUGGGACGGUUACCUGGGGAACCAUAAUAACCGUUUCUGAGACGGGUUUUUAAAUACAAGUAGGUUCCCCCCCACCCCCCAACAUAUGUGCUUUGUCGGUGAAAUAUUUUUUUAAAAAAACAGGAGACACGUUUA